UCAUCAACCACCACACACAAAAUCAAGAGUUCCUGCAAAUACAUGGGUCUAUGAUUCUAUUUUUUCAUCGUUUUUAAAGGAAAAAACUGUCUGAGGAUAUGCGAUUGGCUUGCGUUUGUCAAGAUAAGGCGAGAGAGCUCGGGAGACAAGCGGCAAGCGGGGCGUGUCCUCACUGCGAAGGCCGAGUGGAAGCCGUGGAUAUGGAGACCAAGUGGAGGUUUUGCUGCCUGCCGAUUUCGUACGUCAACAAACGCAAGUAUUUCUGCACUUCGUGUUCGCGACGGUUGGUCUUGUACGAUUGUUAUUAGUGUCGUUGUGGUUCGAGGCUUCAAAACGAGCUGAGUUGAUUCUAAGAUGUAUAAUUUGAAAAGGUAGUGUUGGUACGUAGACAUUUGAGGAACGUUUUUUAUUUGUAGAUGUAAGUGUGAAAAAUAUUGAUACGUUUUAUGACUUGAUGUCGUCGAUACCAACGUUCUGAAAGUGGGUUCUUUUUCGCGA